AUGGAUUACAACCUUCCAGAGGGAGGGAUAGAGGCCUUCCACUCACUGUACGAAAGACUAUCAUCGUACUUAGUGGAAAAGGAGGCCUAUGAUCGGGUUGCGACCUUAGAGGUCAUUCAUGAAGAAAUCUCUGACCAGGAACAAGAUGCUGAGGUCAAUAUUCAGCUCGCUCCAGCAGCGCUGGACGAUACACCUCCCAAAGUCAGAGAUCCUACCGAGAAAGUCAAUCUCGGAACAACAGAUGAGCCUAUGGAAGUGGUCAUCAGCCCUUACUUAGAGCCUAGCAAAAUCCAGCCCUUCUCUCCAUUGCUGAGACUGCAAGGUCAGGCUGAGUUUGUAUGGGAGCCUAAACAUCAAGAGGCUUUUGAUAGGAUCAAGGCCUACCUCGCGAGUCCGCCAGUGCUUGUUCCUCCGAGGACUGGAUUCCCAUUGAAGUUAUAUAUCUCGGCAGCAGAGGCUUCCAUUGGCAGCCUGCUCGCCCAGGAUGAUGAGGAAGGUGUUGAGCACGCUAUUUUCUGCCUCAGUAGGACACUUACAGACUGUGAAACCAGAGGCCGCAUUGGCAAAUGGGUAUUGGCCCUAUCCGAGUUCUCGCUACAAUACGUUCCCCAGAAAGCAGUAAAAGGACAGGCCAUCGCAGACUUUCUGGCACAUCACCCUACCUUGGAUAUCCCAACGGUGAGAGAAUUAGAGAUAGCGACCAUAACUACCACCCGACCAGAUUUGGCUCGCAUUCCAGAGUACGCCAUAUGGUAUCAAGCCAUAGUCUCCUUGCAGCCUUGGGUAUUGUUUUUUGAAGGUUCACGAACUGAAACAUUAGCAGGGGCAGGAAUUGUUCUGGAAAACCCAGCGGGCGAUCGUUUCUCUUACUCUUUCCAACUGGAGUUUAAGUGUACAAACAACCAAGCUGAGUACGAGGCCCUUAUUAUUGGCCUAGAAGUCUUACUGGAACUGGGGGUAAGAGAUGUUCAGGUCCGCGGCGAUUCCUUAGUUGUGAUAAAUCAGCUUCAAGAAAAAUACAGAUGUGCAAGCUACUUGCUCGUCCCUUAUUUGAAUCGCGCCAUUGAGUUGCUGGAUCAGUUUGAUGACGUAGGUUUGGAGUACAUCCCUCGCGAGCGCAACUUCGCGGCCAAUGAGCUCGCUCAGUUGGCUACAGGCAUUACAUUGAAAUAUGGGGUUCGUGAACGCAUUCUGAAAGUCGAGCGCCGCACGCUACCUUCAUGGCUCGUACGGUCUGACCCUCCUGAUGAUCCAGUCGUCGCUGUCCUCGAGCCUAUUGACGUUGAUUGGCGCAUUCCAUUGAUCAAUUACCUCACACAGCCAGACCUGACGGCUGACAAGAGGACUCGUUUUCUUGCCUUAAAUUACUUCCUCAAGGACGAUGAGCUACGUCGACGUGGGGAGGAUGGCAUAGAUUUUCGCUGUGUGUAUGGCCACGAAGCAAAACGCCUAAUGCGCCAAGCACAUACAGGGGUUUUGCAGCGCCCAUCAAGCGGGACCCAAGAUGCGAUGGCUCAUCAGAAGACAUGGUGGGUUAAAGCUGAACCUUUGAAGGAGGCAUCUGGUGCCACCAUCCGCCAGUUCAUCUUUCGUAACAUUAUUUGCAGGUUUGGCAUCCCCGAGGUACUCAUUUCAGACUGGGGGGCAGCAUUCAUGGGAGGUCCUGUCGAGCAACUUGUCAACGAUUUCGGCAUCCAGUUCAUCCACAGCACUCCAUAUUAUGCUCAGUCCAACGGUCAAGCGGAAGCUAGCAAUAAGAUUAUUAUUACCCUGUUAAAGAAGAUGCUGGUAGAAAACCCUCGACAGUGGCACGACACUUUAUAUGAGACACUCUGGGCUUACCGCACCUCCAAGAGGAAUCCCAUUGCUACCACACCCUAUGCACUAAUGUUUGGUCAUGACAUAGUUUUACCUUUGGAAAUCAACGUUCAUUCCUUACGUGUGCAAGAUCAGCACCACUUGAUCAGUGAAGAUUAUGUCCAGGCGAUGUGGCAAGAACAUGAAGACUUAAGCGAGCAGUGCUUAACGGCUUUGGAUAAUUUAGUAAUGGAAAAGCAGCGUAUCGCCCGCACCUACGAUAAGCGGACACGUGGUCGCAGUUAUAAAGAAGAAGACCUUGUUUGGAAAGCUGUUUUGCCCUUUGGCGAGAAAUUGACUGGUUGCGGUAAAUGGACUCUGCGAUGGGAAGGCCCUUUUGUUGUUCACCGCAUUUUGGAACGUGGUGCUUUUCACCUCAAAGAUUUGGAUGGGGAACUUCAUCGCAACCCCAUCAACGGGCGAUUCCUGAAGAAAUAUUAUCCUAGUGUUUGGGAGUUCGAAGAUCCACCGGCUCAACCUUCGUCCCAGACUGGGGGGCAAUCAUAG